AUGGCAGCCCCAUUAGACGCAUCGAAGUUGCAAAUCACCAAAACCACCACCCCGGCAACCCCACUUCCAAACAACCAGCUCAAGUUUGGUCAGUCAUUCACAGAUCACAUUUUGGAAAUAGACUGGACUGUGGAAGAAGGAUGGGGCACACCAACCAUCACACCAUACCACGACUUCAAAAUGGACCCGGCAACAGUCGUGCUCCACUAUUCGUUUGAGUUGUUCGAGGGUCUCAAGGCCUACCGUGACUCCAACGGCCAGAUCCGCACAUUCAGACCAGACAAGAACAUGGAGAGAAUGAACAGGUCCGCCAAGAGAGCAUCGCUUCCACAAUUUGACAGCGAGGAGUUUAUAAAAUUGAUCCACCAAUUCUUACUCUUGGACGAAAGAUUCGUGCCUCUGGGAAAAGGCUACUCGUUGUACUUGAGACCUACAUUGAUCGGUACUUCGAUCGGAUUGGGCGUCUCCUCACCAACUAAAGCCAAGUUGUACAUGAUCGCGUCCCCCGUUGGACCAUAUUUCGGCGCUGGAUUCAAGCCAGUCUCAUUGGAGGCCACCGACUACGCCGUGCGUGCAUGGCCCAAAGGUGUGGGAUCAUACAAGCUUGGAGCCAACUAUGUUUCAUGUAUCGAGCCUCAAGCUGAAGCAGCUAAGCGUGGCCACUCGCAAAACUUGUGGUUGUUUGGAGACGAGGGUGAAAUCACCGAGGUUGGAGCCAUGAAUGUGUUUUUCGCUUUUGCCAACGAAGACGGCACAAAAGAAUUGGCCACUGCGCCCUUGGACGGCAUGAUCUUGCCCGGUGUCACGCGUGACUCGGCUAUCCAGUUAUGCAAGGAGAAAUUGGGCAAAGAGUGGAUUGUCAGCGAACGUAAAAUCACCAUCCACGAGGUGAAGGAGCGUGCUGCCAAGGGGCAAUUGAUCGAGGCUUUUGGAACCGGUACCGCCGCCAUUGUUGCACCAAUAAACAAUAUUGAGUUUAGAGGUGAACAGAUUACUGUGCCUUGCUCUGCUGGUGGAUCAGGUGAAAUCGCCAAGUCUGUUUGCGAGUGGGUGCAAAAUAUCCAAUAUGGAGAUGAAGAAUUCAAAGAUUGGUCAAGAGUUGCCGCUUGA